AUGUCACUCGACAACGAGAAGCCAGAUGUCACCAUGGCUGAAGUCAGGGGGGACCCCAAAAUGACCCAAGAAGAAGCAAUGCCCUAUGCUCUUCUGAGCGAGGACGAUGCUGCCUUUAUGAACAGAUUCACUGAGGAGCAGAGGAUGAAACUCCUCCGCAAGAUUGACUGGCGCCUCAUUCCUGCUUUGGGAUUCCUCUACCUCAUCAGUUACCUCGACCGUGCCAAUAUUGGAAAUGCCAAUAUCGAGGGCCUCUCGGUAGACAUUGGCCUCACCGGAAAUCAGUUCAAUGUUGCUCUAGCCAUCUUCUUCAUUCCAUACAUUCUCCUGGGCACGUCAACUCCUCUCCUCAUCCCCGCGAACAUGGCACUCAAGUGGUUCAAGCGCCCUUCGCUCUGGAUCGCCAUCAUGACAACGACUUGGGGCACUGUCCUGCUCUGCAGUGGCUUUGUCCGGAACUAUGCUGGUCUGCUUGUAUGUCGUGUGCUUCUGGGCGUGACAGAGGCGGGUUUCUUCCCUGGCGCUAUCCUCAUCGUCACCAACUGGUACAAUUGGAGUGAGGUUGGUGUCCGUGUCGCCCUCUUUUACACAUCAAGCGCCUUGGCCGGUGCCUUCUCAGGCCUCUUGGCCUAUCUUAUUGCCAAGAUGGACGGUAUUGGUGGAUACGAGGGAUGGCGAUGGAUCUUCCUCCUAGAGGGCGGUGUCAGUACCAUCAUUGGACUCGCUUGUCCCUUCAUAAUAAUCGACACACCCGCUGCUUCAAAUUGGCUUACCGAAGACGAGAAGCGCUACUUGACUCUGCGUAAGGAGAUUGAGGAUGGUGGCCGCGAAGUCCAGGCCAAGGGCCACAAGAUUACUGGCAAGGUCGUAUUGGCCACCCUGACCGACUGGAAGAUCUACCUACAGGCCAUCAUCGCGCUUUCCAACACUAUCCCCAAUUACGGCUUCAAGUUUACCAUGCCCCAGAUAAUGAAGAACAUGGGCUACACCUCGGCUAACGCCCAACUCCUCACCAUCCCGCCUUAUGUGCUGGGGGCUAUCAGUGCUUACUUGUCAGCCCGCUUUGCUGAUCGGUUCAAGUGGCGCAUGCCCUUCAUCGUUGGGCCCCAGAUCUUGGUUCUCAUCGGCUUUGCCAUCACUUGCGCGUACUCUCAGGAUAUUAAGAACCGUAUCGCCGAGAACUACUUCGCUGUCUCUCUGGCUUGCAUCGGUUUGUAUCCUAUCAUCCCUGGCGCCAACGCAUGGAACUCGAACAAUCUCGCAGGUCCAGCGAAGCGAAACGUGGGUAUCGGUCUACUAGGUACUUUUGCCAGUGCUGGUGGUCUUGCAGGCUCCUUCAUCUACGUCGAGAGUGAGGCUCCGAAGUAUCCCACUGGCUUUGGUAUGUCACUUGGUAUGGCUGCUGCAGGCAUUGUAGCGGCCCUUGCUCUAGAGUUCUUGCUAUGGCGCAUCAACAAGACCAACGAGAAGUACACAUUCGAGGAGAUCAAGAUGAAGUACACAGAUGAUGAGCUAGCGGAUAUGGGUGAUAAGUCGCCUUUGUUCAAGUACAAGCUGUAG